AUGAAGUGGGUCUUUGUCGUGUGUGCCAUGGUGGCGCUCUCUGAGUGCCUCAUCCAGGUCCCUCUUGAGAAGGGAAAGACAGCCAGGGAGACCCUGGAGGAGCAGGGCCUUUGGGAGGAGUACAGAUUCAAGUACCCGUACAACCCCAUGGCCAAGUUCGACGAGCUCUUCGCUGUGGGCAGCGAGCCAAUGACCAACGACGCUGACCUGGCGUACUACGGAAUCAUCUCCAUCGGAACUCCACCUCAGUCCUUCAAGGUCAUCUUUGACACCGGCUCGUCCAACCUGUGGGUGCCCUCCAUCUACUGCAGCAGUCCAGCCUGCAGUAACCAUCACAAGUUCAACCCUGGCACCAGCAGCACCUACAAAAACAACGGCGGCGCUCUCAGUAUUCACUACGGCACCGGCAGCAUGACUGGUUUCCUGGGAUACGACACUGUGACGGUGGGCGGAUUCGCUGUGAAGAACCAGAUCUUCGGCAUGAGCGAGUCUGAGGCUCCCUUCAUGCAGUACAUGCGUGCUGAUGGUAUUCUGGGCCUGGCAUACCCACACCUGUCUGCAUCCAGCGCCACACCCGUCUUCGACAACAUGAUGAAGGAGGGCCUGGUCGGCCAGGCCCUCCUUCAUCCUUCAUCCUUACCUGGGUGACAGGUAAAGCCACUGAUGCCCCUGAAAUAUACCCAAGCCAAAGUGGUUGCUAUCUGUCUGAUGCACGCUGUGCUGUGUGUCCCUGUCAGUGUCACUGUCAAUGGUCAGGUUGUGGCUUGCAAUGGUGGUUGCCAGGCGAUCGUGGACACUGGCACUUCCCAGAUUGUCGGACCUCAGAGCAGCAUCAGCAGCAUCAAUAGCAUGGUGGGAGUUCAGAGCCAGAACGGAGAAUAUAUGGUCAACUGUAACAGCAUUGGCCAAAUGCCAGAUGUGACCUUCCACAUCCACGGAGAGGAAUUCACCAUCCCAGCCUCUGCCUACAUUCGUCAGUCUAAGUACUAUGGCUGCCGUACUGGCUUUAGCAAUGGACGAGGCAGCCUGUGGAUCCUGGGUGACGUCUUCAUCAGACAGUACUACUCCAUCUUCAACAGAGCCCAGAACAUGGUGGGUCUGGCCAAGGCUAGAUAA